AUGCCGAUCACGCCUCGUAGGCGAUCGCGAGACGAUUUAGAGUCUGAUGAGGAAGGUAGCGCUUCUCCAGACCUCAUCCCCUCCUCACAACCGGAGUUACCCAGCAGCAAGAGAGCCCGCCUCACUAAUGGCAACGCGUCUUCUUCGCUGAGCGGCACACCCCUCACCAAUGGCCUCCAUCCUCAGUCCAGCGUGUUGCAAAGAGAGACGCUGCGAGCGCAAGGUUCGCAGAAGAAGUAUCAACCUGGAUCCAUUGUACGUGUCGAGCUGAAGAACUUCGUUACGUACACCGCUGUGGAGUUUUUUCCAGGACCGAGUCUAAAUAUGGUCAUUGGGCCUAACGGCACGGGAAAGAGUACAUUGGUAUGCGCGAUAUGUCUGGGAUUGGGGUGGGGACCGCAGCAUCUUGGCCGAGCCAAAGAGGUAUCCGAAUAUGUCAAACAUGGAUGUCAAGAGGCUAUGAUCGAAAUCGAGCUCGCAAAGGAUGGGAAGCGGUUCAAGAACAACGUAGUCAUACGUUGUAACAUCAAGCGCGAUGGCAACAAGACCGUCUUUUCGGUCAACGGCAAACCACAAGGCAAGAAAGCGGUCAUCGAGCUCUGCAGGUCCCUUUCAAUUCAGAUCGACAACCUCUGUCAGUUUUUGCCGCAAGACAAAGUGGUUGAAUUUGCAGCUAUGACGCCAGUGGAGCUGCUACGGUCGACUCAGAGGGCUGUGGCGUCGCAGGAGAUGAUUGAUAUGCAUGAGAAUCUGAAAGACCUCCGGCGCAAGCAGAAGGAUAUUCAGGCUAAGAACACUGCUGAUCAAGAGCAACUCGACAAUCUUGAAAGCCGACAGCGGUUACAGGAGGCCGACGUCGAACGCAUGCGCGAGCGUGAGCUGGUAGAAACGCAUGUCAAAAUGCUGGAAGCCGCACGGCCGUUUGCGGCAUAUCGGAGCGCGAGGUCUGUCCAUGGGGAAGCCAAGGAAAAAAGAAAGGCAGCUCAAACUGAGCUUACGAGGCUGGGAAAAGAGAUCGAGCCGUCACUGCGAGCUGUCAAUGCAAAAGAACAGUACAAGGCGCAGAUUGCGGCCGUCGUGACGGAGCGGAAGAAUGCCAUCAGCAAAGCCGAGCGACACGCCGACGCCAUUGAUAAAAAGUUUAAGGGACUACAGGACAAACAUAACGAGCUUGUGGCCGCUGAUUCGGCGGAGAAGAGCGGUGGUAAGAAACAUAGACAGGAGAUCGUCAGGCUUGAGGGCGCCAUCAAUCAAUUGAAGAGACAGAUGGAGGUGGAGCCUCCAGAGCUGGACGUUCAGGCGUACAACAGACGCAUACGCGAAAAACGCGAUGCCGUGGACGACAGCACGACCAAGAUUGGAGAUCUGAAGAGACAUCAAGAAGAGCUGAGACGACGCGGCGUGGACAAGAAUCAUCGAAUCAAGCAGGCCGAAGACGAUUUGGCCCAAUUAGACUCUCAGGCUGGAAAGCAGAAGUCCAAACUCCAAAGUAUAUCACGCGACGCAUACAGACUAUGGGAAUGGGUACAACAGAAUCAAGAUCAGUUCGACAAGCCUGUCUUUGGACCGCCAAUCGUGGAGUGCACAAUUAAGGACCCAAGAUACGUGGACCAUAUAGAAUCCUUGUUCCACAAAGGUGUAAUGAUUCAAUUUACCGUGCAGACUAGAGGCGAUUUCAAGAAGCUAUCAGACCAAGGCAGCGGCCGCAUGCGUCUUUCCGAGGUCAACAUCGCAACUAUACUACCAGGCCUCGAUCCUUUCCGUCCACCAGUCAGUGCAGAGCAGAUGAAGCGAUUUGGUUUUGAAGGGUGGGCGUUGGACUACCUCAACGGCCCUGAACCUGUAUUGGCCAUGCUUUGCGCGGAGGUACACGUCCACGAGGCCGGUGUUGCCUUGCGAGACACCACGCCUCAGCAAUUUGAGUUGUUGCAGAAUAGUCCAAUACAAUCUUGGGUGACUAGCAAGUCGACUUACAGGAUCACCCGUCGCCGCGAGUUCGGGCCUGACGCGAAGUCCACCCUAGUUAGAGAUAUCAGAAGAGCCAAUGUGUGGACGGACCAACCAGUAGACCUGACAGCGAAACGAGAACUGCAAGAGAACAUUCAAGGCUGGACCGAAGAAGUGGCAUCGUUUCAAGCGGAAUCUGAUGCAGAUCAAAAGAAGAUCCUGGCAUACCGAAAUGCGAUCAAUACCAAUAGCGAAGAAGGCAAAGCGAUCUCGGCCGAAAAAGAAGCUAAGCAAAAAGCUCUGGGGGAGUUCAAGGCCGUUCCAACGAAGCUCGCUGCCCAAGAGGCAAAACUGGCCACGGCGCAAAAUGCUCUUAGUGGUAUCAGAGGGCGAUUGAGAGAAAUCAUGGGACAGCAAGAGACUAUUGCAUUGGAGAGAGGCGAAGUAGCGUUGGAUUAUGCGGACGCUGUCGAGGCAAUCAGAGUCGCCCACAACAAUCUCCAUGAGGCCGAGACCAUGCUCAUAGAAGCGACUUCCGACUGGGAAAUCCUCAGAGAGCGAAACAGCUCCGUGCAAGAGCUUCUCGAAGACCAACAGCGCCAAGUCGAUGCACUGGUAAGAGAGACCGAAGCUUCGCAAAGGACAGCAAAAACCCUCCUCGAUAAAUGCACCCAGCUCCUGGCCCGGGUCGACAACGAGCUCAGGAGUUUCCUCGUUGCGCUACCGGCGAACCAAUCGACUGAGCAACUCGAGGGCGAAAUCGAAAGCGAGAAAGCGAGGUUGGAGCUUAUGCAUGAGGGUAAUGGGGGUGUGAUCAAGGAGUAUGAACAGAGGAAGAAGAAGAUUGAUGUUUUGACUGCUAGGCUUGAGGAGAUCAAGAACGCCCUCUCUGAAUUCGACGACAAAAUCAAAGAGCUUAGGGAUCAGUGGGAGCCAGAGCUCGACUCCCUUGUUGGAAAGAUCAGUGACUCUUUCUCUCUGAACAUGGAGCAGAUCAGCUGCGCUGGCGAGGUUGGCGUUCACAAGGACGAAGACUUCGACCAGUGGGCUAUACAGAUCCGCGUCAAGUUCAGAGAAUCCGAACCCCUCACAACCCUAGACUCCCACCGCCAAUCCGGAGGCGAACGCGCCGUCAGCACAAUCUUCUAUCUCAUGUCCCUGCAAUCCUUAACCCGCUCUCCCUUCCGCGUCGUCGAUGAGAUAAACCAGGGUAUGGAUCCCCGCAACGAACGUCUUGUUCACAAACGUAUGGUUGGCAUCGCGUGCGGCAUGCUUGAUGGUGUGGCUCAGCAUUCACUCGAAAACGGCCAUGGAGAAGAAGAAGACGAGAAGGAUGGGGUGGCAGGCCAAGGCAGGGGAGGGUCCCAAUACUUCCUUAUCACCCCCAAACUUCUACACAACCUGACCUACGAACGCGGCAUGCGCGUCCUUUGCAUCGCUUCUGGCGAGUAUAUGCCUGAGGAUCGCUCGAGGGUGGAUUUCAAGGGGUGUGUGGAUCUGAUGAGGGGACUAAAGGCGGGGGCCAUGGCUGCUGCUGCCGGAUGA